GGCCAAAAGGACGCUCAGCUCCAGCACGGAGGCCUCCCUAGAAAUCGACGCCCUCUUCGACGGCCUCGACUUCUACACCAAGAUAUCCAGAGCACGAUUCGAGGAGCUUAACGCCGACCUGUUCAAGGGCACGCUCCAGCCCGUGGAGAAGGCCCUCAACGACGCCGGCAUGAGCAAAUCCGACGUCCACGACGUCGUGCUGGUCGGGGGUUCCACCAGGAUCCCCAAGAUCCAGUCGCUCCUACAAAACUACUUCAACGGCAAGAGCCUGAACCUGAGUAUCAACCCGGACGAGGCGGUGGCCUACGGCGCCGCCGUCCAAGCGGCCAUCCUGAGCGGGGACACCAGUUCCAAGAUACAGGAUGUGCUCUUGGUCGAUGUGACGCCGCUGUCUUUGGGUAUCGAGACUGCCGGUGGGGUUAUGUCGAAGAUAAUCGACAGGAACUCCAGGAUACCCUGCAAGCAGACGCAGACGUUCACCACGUACUCGGACAACCAGCCGGCGGUCACUAUCCAGGUUUUUGAAGGGGAGAGGGCGAUGACGAGGGAUAAUAACUUGUUGG